CAGUAGGUCGAAUGUCGCUUCGCUCGUGACAGUUUAGUUCGAUCAUCCUCCCGGUUUUUAAGGUUAUAAAAUGAAAUUUCCAGUUUUUUAAAAUGACGAAACUUUUAUGGGGCUGCCAAAUCGUCCGAACAUCAACGCGAAAAAUCAGUAAAUAUGUGGACAAAGACAGGACGGGUAAAGCCAUCCGACAAAAAUUUCUCGAUUACUUCAUUAACAAAAACAACCAUAACUUCAUCAAAUCAAGCCCGGUGGUCCCUUUUUGCGACCCCACCGUGGCUUUUGUGAAUGCCGGGAUGAAUCAGUUCAAAGGAGUUUUCUUGGGGACACACCAACCCCAAUACAAAAACGUUGCAAAUUCACAGAAGUGCAUCCGAGUCGGAGGCAAACACAACGACUUGAAUGUCGUUGGAGGCGAUGGCUAUCACCACACGUUUUUUGAAAUGUUGGGGAAUUGGUCGUUUGGCGAUUACUUCAAGCAAGAGGCGUGUGAAUUGGCUUGGAAGUUGCUAACUGAAGAGUAUAAAAUACACCCCUCAAGGUUGUAUGUCACAUAUUUCAAGGGUGACCCAGUUUUGGGGAUCGAUGAAGAUUUGGAAACCAAAGAAAUUUGGAAAACAAUUGGGGUGUCAGAAGACAGGAUUUUACCUUUCACAUCAAAAGACAAUUUCUGGGAAAUGGGGCCUACGGGCCCUUGUGGCCCUUGUACUGAAAUUCACAUCGACCAUACAACGUCAAAUAAUCGGGCGAAACUAGUCAACAAGGGACUCCAUGAUCUCACUGAACUCUGGAAUUUAGUUUUUAUUCAAUACAAUCGUAAAAGCAAUGAAUCAGUUGAUUUACUCCCUGAAAAGCACGUCGAUACCGGUAUGGGCUUCGAGAGACUCACUGCAGUUCUUCAGGGCAAGAUUAGCAAUUAUGACACUGAUAAUUUCACUUAUUUACUUAAAGCAAUACAUAAGAAUUGCAGCAAAAUCCCCGAAUAUCGGGGCACGUUUGGUGAAAAGGAUUGGAACAGUUUGGAUGCAUCCUACAGGGUAUUGGCCGAUCACGCAAGAAUGGUGACCGUUUGUCUCGCUGAUGCAAUGAUUCCUGAACAGAACCAAAAACUGAGACGUGUAAUGAGAAGGGCGUUCCUAUUGUGUGAAAAUGUUUUCAACAAAGACAGUGGGCUGCUUAAGGAGCUCUCAAAUUACGUAAUCGAACACUUGGGGUGUGUUUACCCCGAAAUGGAACGCAACGUCAAACAGAUACACCAAAUUAUCGAUUAUGAAGAGGAAGUUUACAAAUCGGUGCGCAAACAAGCCACAGAAGAGUGGGUCAAACUGGCCAAACACCAACCCAAGCUCCUUUCACUCGACAUAAACGAAAACCCCAGCCUGGUAGCCGGGUAUAAAGAGAUCAGUUCUACCAACCCGAAAUUUAUCGACGCUCAACUCGCUUUUAAACUCUACGAUACGUUCGGUUUGGACGAGGACUCGAUCUCCAGUCUGGCACAAAUCUUGAAUUUGCCCUUCAACGCGUCCGACUUGCACAAGCAACUCGAGCUCGCCAAAAUUCGGAGCAAGGAACAGGGCCUAGUGUCAGGUCCUAACGUCUAUGAGCAACUCACUAGGGCUAAAGUACCGAAAACAGACAGGUCUACUCUUUACAAUUACGCAAAGAAGGGCGAGAAGUACGUCUUCGAUGAUCUGGAAGUGGUCAUUUUGAAAAUCGUCAAAGAUUCGAAGUUAGUCCGCCAAAUCGAGUCGGAAAAUUUUUACGGGUUGGUUCUGGACAAGUCAAGUUUUUACACCGAGGCUGGAGGGCAAAUCAGCGACAGGGGCGCAAUUAAUUUUGGGGACUGCGUAUUCGAAGUGACUGAAGCACAAGACUGUAACGGGUAUAUUUUACAUAAGGGGUUUCUCCGUUCCGGGGAGAGUGGGCGUGUUAAGGUCGGCAUGACCGGUAGUUUGAAAAUUGACCCCGAUUUUCGCCUCAAAAAUAUGAGAAAUCACACGGCUGUUCAUUUGCUGAACUCGGUGUUAAAAAAGGUGAAAGGCGCCACGUGCCAGAAGUCGAGUAAAGUCACCCAGAAUUAUUUCAACUUGGAUGUUGGUAUUUUUGCUGAGAAAUUGUCGCUUGAUGAGUUAGAGUUAGUAGAGAGUACGAUAACAAAAGUUAUUCAGGGCCGCCUACCGGUCAAUAUCAGCGAGUUGGAUAGUCAGAGGUUGGCCAACUUGGAUGAGAUUAUUUUAAUCCCAGGUGAGGUGUACCCGGAAACUGGGAUUAGGGUUGUGGAAGUUAAGGGUGGAGAGGGGUUUUUGUCACGUGAGCCGUGCUGUGGUACCCAUGUUUUGAAUACAAGUGAUAUUGAGGACUUUUGUAUCGUCAGUAUGAAGUCACUAGGGAGGAGCACCACUUCCAUUCACGGUGUCACGGGAGAUAGGGCUAAAGUGGCCAAAAGCAACGGAACCCAUCUUUUAACUAACUUGGAAACCCUCGAGAAAAGCGUUUCUGACAAUAUUGAUAAGCCUGAUGUGUUGAAUAUGGCAAUUACAUCAUUCAAGAAACAACUGAAUUACAGUGUUGAAGACGAGAACAUAUUGCCGGUUGUUGUUAAACAACAAUGUGCGGAUAUUUUGAACAAAAUUAGUAAGCAGAUUAAGGAUUCAGGCAAGAGAAAUUUACGAGAGUUUAUCGAAAUCGAGAUGCGCAACGCUAUGGAGUCAAAUGUUUCACAAACAGCAAAAAAUCGGAAAUAUAUGGUACACUACUUGCGCACAUCACUUAUUUUGGAAAACGUUUCGUUGCAAAAAGCGACAAAUUUAUGUCCUGACAUUCCUGUUUUGAUAAUUUCUUACUCUGAUAAUGUAGUAAAGGCCCGUUGUUGUGUUCCUGAGAAUAUGAAAAAUGUCUCGUUUGAUGCCGAAAAAUGGAUGAAAGAGACCGUCGCAGCCGUUUUCAAAUGUUCUCUUGUUCCUCCCAAGGGUUAUGACCCGUCUCUUGUGUGCAAUAUGAAAGCCAAGCGAGUUAAAUUGGAAGAUUGGGACCCUUUAUUACAGGAAAGUCUCGAAUUGGCUAAGAAAUUCGCUGAACAAAAUCUGUAGUAGAGAAAUAAGAUUGUUUUUUUUUAAUAAACACUUAUUUAUUUUUAUUAAA